AUGUCUCAACAAAGUCCUACUCAUAACCAAACAUUUAAUUUUGAUCAUUCUUCAUCAUCAAGUUCUUCUCUUGUUAUUUUUAACCAAAUUGAACGAAAAAUAAAUGGUAAAUUAGUAAAAGAACGUGUUCCUGUAAUAUUUGCUUUUGCAAUGAAUGGUAAAAGAAAAGAACUUUUUGAUAAUGAGCUACUACCACCUCAUCUUAGCGAAAAAGAUUCAAAAAUUAACUGGGAAUCCCCUUUAGAUAAAAGUUCAGUUAUUCAUAUGGCUGCAAUUUACGGUAAAACAAAUUUCGUUAAACAACUACUUUCAGUUGGAGCUGAAAUUGCUAUCCAAAAUAAUGAUGGAAAUACUCCGUUAAUUGCUGCAAUUAAAGCUGGAAGAACUAAAAUUGCAGUGGUUUUAGCUCGUAAGAUGUCUAAAGACCAAAUCAAUCAUCAAAACAAAAAAGGAGAAACUGCAUUAUAUUGUUGUGUUAUAAAAGAAAAUGUAGUUGUAAUGGAAUCACUUAUUAAACAUGGUGCAGACGUUAAUAUAGCAACACAAAAUGGAACAACCCCAUUAAUGCUAUCACUAUAUAAAAAUUUUCCUGAUAUAAUCAAAAUACUACUUAAUGCAAAUGCUGACACAACCUUAGUUGAUUCAAAUGGUCAAAACUGUCUUCAUUACUAUGCUAGAACAGAAAAAUAUCAACCACAAACCAUAAACUGCAUUCGAACUAUUUCAAAAAAUAAAACACUCUUCAAUUCUCUUGACAAAAGUGGUCAUAAACCAAUUCAUUAUGCUAUUGAAGUUGGAAUAGCUGAUAUUAUUAACCAGUUUCUUUCAAUGUCCUCUUUAAAAGAUGUUGGAAUAGUAUACACUGAAGUAGAAACUGUCUGUAAAUCAACACAAAGAAAAAGAGCAUUAACUGGAAGAGAUAGAGUUAGUGUUGUCAUAAAAACAGACUCUUUAGGUUAUGAAAUUAAUGCUGCCAAUAAACCAAAAGAAAUAGAUGAUUAUAUCAACAAUGAAGAACGUCAACAAAAAUGGGAUGAAAUGAUCAAAUUUUAUCAAGACAAACAUAAAUUUCAUCCAAAACUAAUAUUUAGAUUAUACAAAGGAGUUCCUUGUAACAAACGUCAAGACCUAUGGAAAAUAAUGCUUGGAAUAGAUGAGAUGAUAAAGGAAAAAGAGGGUGAGUUCUCUAGAUUAGCUUUAUUGGAAAGAGGUGUUGAAGAAGACGACCAAAUUCAUAAAGACGUAAUUCGAGCUCAUCAAAACAAUGUUAAAUUUAUGUGUAAAUUCAGUGACGGACAGAAAAAAUUAUUUUUAACAUUAAGGGCUUACGCCAACAAAGACACUGAAGUAGGGUAUGUCCAAGGACUUGCUGAUUUAUUUGGUUUUUAUGUUUUAGUGUUUAACACUGACGAAGAGACGUUUUGGGGAAUGUACCAAACGUUGAAUUUAUCAAAAUAUCAACUAAGGUGUUGUUUUUUAAGAGGAUUUCCUGGUGUUCAAAAGUUUAAAACAUUAGAAACGUUAAUGCUCAAAAAAUACCACCCAGAAAUUUACACAAAAAUUAUGAGGUUAGGAGGUUAUGACAGUCUUUAUCCUCAUUUAUUAGAAUACUACGCAUUAUGGUUUUCAAGACUAUUCACAGGAGAUCUUGGUAUUUGGAUUUUAGAUAUCAUCAUUGUUGAGGGUUGGCAACUCACACUAAGUAUUGCUUCAACAAUCUUCUUUUUAUUAAAAGACAAAAUAAUGGACGAAGAAGACGACUUAAUGUCAAUCGACAUUUUAUUAAAAAAGCCCCAACAAUUGGUAACUGAUUUCGACAAGUUUUUAUUCAUCAAGUAUGUUAAAAAGAAUAGAAUCCCUCCUUCACAAGUUGACAAAUGGGCAUCUCAAUGUAUAGAAUCUAAUUAA